ACUGCUACUCAUUGAGUAAUACACGCGAACAUUUUCUCCUAUACUUUUCCUCCGAAAGCUAAGAGAGGAUGUCUCCGGACGCGCGUCUCCGGACGAAUGCCCAACAGGACGCGCCUAACGCCGCGCCAAGUCACCCCAUGGCCUCCUUAUAUGUCGGGGACCUCCACCCCGAUGUAUCCGAAGGCAUGUUGUUUGAGAAGUUUAGGAUCGCAGGACCCAUUCACUCUCUGAGAGUGUGCAGGGACAAGACCACCCGCCGCUCUCUUGGCUAUGGUUUUGUCAACUUUCAUCAGCUGGCUGACGCUAAACGUGCCAUAGACACAAUGAACUUUGAAGUGAUCAAGGGAAGGCCUGUGCGCCUCAUGUGGUCCCAGCGGGACCCCUCCCUGAGAAAAAGUGGAGUGGGAAAUAUCUUCUUAAAGAAUUUGCAUCGCUCAAUUGACAGCUUGUCGUUAGGCGAUACCUUCACAGCAUUUGGUAACAUCCUGUCCUGCAAGGUGGUUAGUGAUGAGAAGGGUGUCUCCAAGGGCUACGGCUUUGUGCAUUUUGAGACCCAGGAGGCGGCCGAGAAAGCCAUCGAGAAGACCAACGGCAUGCUCCUUAAUGACCGCAAGGCCUUCGUGGGUCAUUUCAAGUCCCGCAAGGAGCGCGGCGCUGAGCUCGGUGCCUGCGCCAACAACAAAUUCACCAACGUUUACGUCAAAAACUUUAGUGAAGAUAUGUCCGAAGAGCAACUGCGCGAGAUCUUCUGCGAAUUCGGCCCCAUUCUGAGCGUUAGACUGAUGGAGGACGAGCGUGGCAGGUCCAAAGGUUUUGGUUUCGCCAGCUAUAAGCGUUCCGAGGACGCACAGAGGGCCGUGGAUGAGCUCAACGGCAAGAAGCUGAAUGGCAAGAUCUUGUACGUCGGCCGCGCGCAGAAGAAGACUGAGCGCCUACUUGAGCUCAAGCGCAAGUUUGAGCAACUCAAAGAAGCCCGCAAGUCCCGCUAUCAGGGAGUUAACCUGUACAUCAGAAACUUGGACGGCAUGGAUGAUGGGCGCCUGCUCAAGGAGUUCUCGCCGUUUGGAACCAUCACUAGUGCAAAGGUUAUGAUGGAUGGUGGCCGCAGCAAGGGCUUCGGUUUCGUCUGCUUCUCCUCCCCCGAGGAGGCCACCAAGGCUUUGGCAGAAAUGAAUGGGCGCGUCGUGGACACCAAGCCACUGUACGUGGCUCUUGCGCAGCGCAAGGAGGAGCGCCAGGCCUACCUGGCCCACCAGUACAAGCGGAGGAUGGCCAGUGUGCGUUCCACCGCACCCAAGUUUGUCAUCAAGCCCCACCAGCCUGCGCCACCCCCUGGACUCAUCAUGGCCGCCAUCCCUCAGGCCCAGAACCUCGCCCAGCCCAGUCAGCUGCCUCAGGUGCUCCCUGGCGUCCCGGUGGUCCAGGAUGUCCAGGCCAUGCAAAUGACCACAUGCCCAUCCGGACCUCGUCCUCAGACCCUGAGGAGUGUCAGCUGCCCAGCUGCCCAGGUGCCACACAUGAAGAAGAAGAGCCCUCAGUGCAUGGCCUCUCAGGCUCUCGGCCCCCGUUCAACCGGUGCCUCUGCUACCACCAGCGCCCUAAUGUUCGGGGUUAACGAGUGCAAUGAUGCCGCAGUGUUGAGGAGCCUCCAGAUGGGAGCACAGGCUCACUCUGCCAAGCAGCAGCUUGUGGUCCCCGUGCAGCGCCAGGAGCGUCUGACCCUCUCUAUGCUGGCUGGCUUCAACCCGGACGAGCAGGAGCAGAUUUUGGGGGAGCGUCUGUACCCCCUGAUCCAGCACAAGGUACCGAACAUAGAAAUUUCACAGAAAAUUCACCCCAACCUGGUUGCAAAAGUCACCGGCAUGCUGCUGGAGCUUGACAACAGUGAGCUGCUUCAGCUGAUUGAGUCCGAGGAGUCUCUGCGCUGCAAAGUGGAUGAGGCAGUGGGUGUGCUCAUAUACCAUAAGGAAAAAGAGGCAGCCCAGAAGGCUACCGCCUGCACAGCUGUGCCAGGCAACUAAAGACAUUAACUGAGAAGGAUGCAGAUUACGUCAUCACUGCAAUGAAAUGUAAACUGAAAAAAAAAAAAAAAAACAGCAACACUGUAUGGCAGAUUACGUCAUCACUGCAAUGAAAUGUAAACUGAAAAGAAAGCAAAAAAAACAAAAAAACAAAAAAAAACAACAGCAACACUGUAUGGCAGAUAACGUCAUCACUGCAAUGAAAAGUAAACUGAAAAAAAAAGCAAAAAAAACCCCCAAAAAAACAGUAACACCCG